AUGUUAGAGCUGACAGACAGGACCAUCGGUGACGAGAAGCUCGGUACCAAGGAGUGUUUGCGAGAGGGCUGCCGGGAUUACAUGCGCGCUACCAUGUACGCUUCGGAGCGUGCGUUCUGGAAUUCCAGCCAAGAAAGCCUGGAGGUUGGCGUAGGGGACCGUGGAAGUGCCGGAACCGUUGGUGAGGACGAGUUCGGCAACCGGUACUACGAGAACUACAACCCGCGCGAGGAGCAGCCUGGUCGUCAGCGCUGGGUCGACCUCGUCCAGUACGACUUCAACGCUACGCAGAUCCCGCGCCCCUGGGCUUCGUGGCUCACCCAGAUCCGCCUCGACCCCCCUACCAAGGACGAGGUUGUUCUCAAGAGCCAGCAGCCCUGGCAGGUCAAGUGGAACGAGACUCUUACCGGAACUCGUGGCCGCUUCAUCACCUACAACACUGCCCGCCCUAAGGUCACCGCCUGGGAGCCCCAGGUCAAGGCCCGCGGACAAUAA